UGGAGAGAGAAGUGGAGGGGGGAGGGAGCAGUGUUGUAAAAGUCAUCUAAAAAGUGGGGCGGAGAAAGGAGACUACAGUUAAGAGGCGAACAAGCUGCGGAAGUUGCCCCCGACAAGUUGGGAGGUCCAGUGAGUACCCUUUGCUAGAGGGAAGGAGAAAGUCCGAGCAGCGGACUUUACCUUUUUCUGAUUUCGGAAGGUGCAAGACCAAAACACAAAACAUGGAAUUAAUUUCCCCAACAGUGAUUAUAAUCCUAGGUUGCGUUGCUCUUUUAAUUCUCAUUAAGUGGAAGAAUUUGCGCGAACCCCCGUGCAUAAGGGGCUGGAUUCCUUGGAUUGGAGCUGGAUUUGAGUUUGGGAAAGCGCCUCUAGAAUUUGUAGAGAAAGCGAGAAUCAAGUAUGGACCAAUAUUCACUGUCUUUGCUAUGGGUAUCUGAAUGACCUUUGUUACUGAAGAAGAGGGAAUUAACAUGCUUCUCAAAUCCAAAGAUGUAGAUUUUGAACUAGCAGUGCAAAAUCCUGUCUACCGUACAGGUAAAGAGUGCUUUAGCUCUUGUCUUAAUCACAUGUUGCUACUCUGCUCCCUGAAAGUAGAAUUCCACUGCUCAACAUUAAUGCAGGCUCUGCUGGAUAUCAUAGAGAUGGAGUCAGAUAAACAGAAUGGUCCCAAAUAUGGGCUGUUACUACUUUGGGCUUCUCUCACCAAUGCUGUGUCUGUUGCCUUUUGGACAUUUACAUUUGUCCUCUCUCAUCCCAAUAUCCACAAGACCAUUAUGGAAGGCAUAUCGUCUGUGUUUGGCGCAGCAGGUAAAGAUAAGAUUGAAGUGUCUGAGGAUGACUUGAAGAAACUCCCUCUAAUUCAAUGGUGUGUUUUGGAAACGAUUCGUUUAAGAGCUCCUGGUGUCAUUGCUAGAAAAGUGCUGAAGCCAGUUAAAAUUUUGAAUUACACUGUUCCUCCUGGUGACUUGUUGAUGUUGUCUCCGUUUUGGCUACACAGAAAUCCAAAGUAUUUUCCUGAACCUGAAUUGUUCAAACCUGAACGUUGGAAAAAGGCAAAGUUAGAGAAGUAUGCUUUCUUGGACUACUUCUUGGCAUUUGGAAGCGGGAAGUACCAGUGUCCUGGAAGGUGGCUUGCUCUGUUAGAGAUUCAAAUAUGUAUUAUUUUAAUAUUUUAUAAAUAUGACUGUAGUCUUCUAGACCCAGUACCAAAACAGAGUUCUCUCCAUUCAGUGGGUGUCCAGCAGCCAGAAGAGCAAUGCCGGAUGGUGUUUAACCAAAGAAAAUGACAACUGCUGGGCCUAAGGAGGGCCAGGCCCUUUCUGAAGGGGUGACUGUCCCCCAUUCCCUAGCCUGACAGCACCUAAACCUGAGCUCUGCUAAAACAGUCUGUUUAACUUUGUUUUAGGAUUUCUUUCAAGAAAAUGUCCAAAUGGUAUCUGGGUUUAGAAUCUCAAAAGUAGGCCAAGAAUCUGACAUCAUUCUCACUGAUAAAGAGACCUAAAUAGUUUACAGAAAAUGUUUAAAUGAUUUUUUUAAAAGAGACAUUUCUUAAAAACUUGAAGUUUGACUUCGUGCAUAACUGUAUUAAAACUUUAAAUAGAAAUAAAGUCACAUGAAUGAAAAUCUUGAGACAGCAAAUUGACACAAGGCAAAAUACUUAAAUUUGUAUUUUGAAAAAUGUUAAAAGUCUUAGACUCAAAAAUUAAAUAAUGAUUUCUGGAAAUUUUCUAUUUUUCUUAAAUAUGAUUCUUGACUAGUAACUGGAAUUCUUAAGCUCUGUUAAUAUAAUUCUUUAUUGCAAAUAUGUGUAGUGCUAGAAGUUUGAAUAAAAUACUACCUUUCUAAGACCUGUGAA